AUGUCUACACUCGAAGAUCUCGACGACAUCGAGCGUCACGAGAAGGAAGAGAAGAAGGACGAUGAUAAGAAAGACGGAGACAAACAAGGAAAGAAGGCCGAUGGCGAUGCAGAGAUGGAGGACGCGGAGCCAGAGGAGGAGCAGCUCGACGAGGAAAUCCUCAACUCAAGCACACGAGACAUCGUUGCACGAAGGCGGUUACUGGAGAAUGACAUGCGCAUCAUGAAGAGCGAGUACCAACGACUCACACACGAAAAGGCCUCAAUGAACGAGAAGAUCAAGGACAACCUAGAGAAGAUCGAGAACAAUAGGCAACUACCCUAUCUCGUUGGAAACGUCGUCGAGAUUCUUGAUCUGGACGUCACCGAAGAAGCCGCUGAGGAGGGAGCAAACAUCGAUUUAGACGCCACCCGCGUCGGCAAGUCGGCCGUUAUCAAGACCUCUACGCGACAGACCAUCUUCUUGCCCCUCAUCGGACUAGUCGAUCACGAGAAGCUCAAGCCCGGUGACCUCAUUGGUGUGAACAAGGACUCAUACCUCGUUCUCGAUACAUUACCCGCAGAGUACGACAGUCGGGUGAAGGCUAUGGAAGUUGACGAGAAGCCGACUGAGAAGUACACUGAUGUCGGAGGUCUGGACAAGCAGAUUGAGGAGCUUGUCGAGGCUGUAGUCUGGCCUAUGAAGGAGGCUGAGCGAUUCAAGAAGAUUGGCAUCAAGGCGCCAAAGGGUGCACUGAUGUACGGCCCUCCUGGUACCGGAAAGACUCUUCUCGCCCGAGCCUGCGCUGCGCAAACCGACGCCACGUUCCUCAAGCUCGCCGGUCCACAACUCGUACAGAUGUUUAUCGGUGACGGUGCAAAGUUGGUCCGUGACUGCUUCGCUCUGGCGAAAGAAAAGGCCCCCUCAAUCAUCUUCAUCGACGAGUUGGAUGCCGUCGGUACAAAGCGAUUCGAUUCCGAGAAGUCCGGAGACAGGGAAGUUCAGCGAACCAUGUUGGAGUUGCUGAACCAGUUGGAUGGUUUCGCCUCAGACGACCGUGUUAAGGUCCUUGCUGCGACGAACCGAGUCGACGUCUUGGAUCCUGCUCUGCUACGGUCUGGACGUCUGGACAGGAAGAUCGAAUUCCCGCUACCCAACGAGGAGGCUCGCGCACAGAUCAUGCGCAUCCACUCGCGGAAGAUGACGGUUGACGACGCUGUCAACUGGCAAGAGUUGGCGCGUAGUACCGACGAGUUCGGCGGUGCGCAGCUGAAGGCUGUGUGUGUCGAGGCUGGUAUGAUCGCUCUCCGGACUGGUCACCAGAAGAUUAGUCACGAGCAUUACGUUGAUGCUAUUGCUGAGGUGCAGGCUAAGAAGAAGGACACGGUCAACUUCUACGCUUAA